AUGUCUGCGACCAAGAACGCCAAGUUCAGUCAUCUACCACGAGCGAUAUCUGGGCCUCUGAAAUGUUCACUCGAAGGCCCAGCUCUUCUCCACUCAUCCCGCUUCAACAAAGGCUCGGCCUUUCCAAAUGACGAGCGAGCGACUUUCAAGCUCCAUGGACUACUCCCACCUAAUAUACAGACUCUUGAUGAGCAGGUGGAGAGAGCUUACCAGCAGUACAGCAGCCGGGACAAUGACUUGGCCAAGAACACUUUCAUGGCUAGUAUGAAGGCGCAGAGUGAGGUGCUGUACUACAAGUUGUUGCAAACUCACCUUAAGGAGAUGUUCCCGAUCAUCUAUACUCCCACUGAGGGCGAUGCUAUCCAGAACUACUCUCGGCUGUUUCGAAAGCCCGAGGGAUGCUUCUUGAAUAUCAGGGAUCAGGAUUCCAUUGAUGAAUGUCUUUCUAAUUUUGGAGGUGCGGAAGACGUGGAUUACAUUGUUGUGAGUGAUGGAGAAGAGAUCUUGGGCAUUGGAGAUCAAGGUGUCGGUGCUAUUCUAAUCUCAGUGGCCAAGUUGGUCAUCACCACACUGUGUGCCGGCAUUCAUCCAGCACGCCAGUUGCCGGUGGUGCUUGAUUGCGGAACAAAUAACAAAGAACUUCUCAACGAUGACCUCUAUCUAGGACUACGACAGCCACGUGUACGUGGUGCGGAAUAUGAUGAGUUUGUGGACAACUUUGUCAAGAGUGCACGGAAACGUUUCCCCAAGGCCUACAUCCACUUUGAGGAUUUUGGUCUUCAAAACGCGAAACGUAUCCUGGACAAAUAUCAAUCGCAGAUCCCCUGCUUCAAUGACGAUGUUCAAGGUACUGGCUGCGUUACCUUGGCGGCUAUGAUGGCAGCUUUGCAUGUCGGCGACAUCAAGCUGGACGAGGUUCGCGUUGUUGUCUUUGGGUCCGGGACAGCGGGCACUGGCAUUGCAGACCAGAUUGCCGAUACCAUUGCGACACAAACAGAAAAGUCCAAGGAAGAGGCAUCAAAGCAGAUAUGGUGUAUCGACAAGCCAGGUCUUCUCGUCAAGUCGCUCGGAGAUACCUUGACUCCAGCCCAAGUUCCCUUCGCGAGAGAAGAUAACGAAUGGCCAGAGGGACGACAGGGUGAUCUUCUCUCGGUAGUGAAACAUGUCAAACCCCAUGUUUUAAUUGGGACAUCUACAAAGCCCAAGGCAUUCACAGAAGACAUCAUCCGCGAGAUGGCCAAACAUGUGAAACGUCCAAUUGUGUUCCCUCUAAGCAACCCAACACGUCUCCACGAAGCUCAGCCCAAAGAUCUCUUCGAAUGGACAGAUGGUCGAGCUCUCGUCGCCACUGGCAGCCCAUUCGAUCCCGUGGAGUAUGGAGGCACCAAAUACGUGAUUGCUGAAUGCAAUAACUCGACUUGUUUCCCCGGUAUCGGCCUCGGGGCAGUUCUCUCACGCACUCGUCUUGUAUCAAAGAAGAUGCUCGUUGCGGCCGUCGAGGCGCUCAAGGCUCGAUCACCGGCUCUUGAAGAUCCCAAGGGGGCCCUCUUGCCGGAUGUAGAAGAUGUGCGGGAAAUAAGUGUUGAUAUCGCCGCUGGAGUGAUAAAGUGUGCUGUCAAGGAAGGACUUGCGCAGGAGGAGGGUAUUCCCGAAGAUGAUGAGCUGAAAGAAUGGAUCCGAGCUCAAAUGUGGGAAGCUGCGUAUCGUCCUUUGGAGAAGGCAGAAUAG